AUGGGCUCAGUGAGUAACAUGAGUGUAGUAGAGAGGGAAUAUGACUCUUUUUCAGCUAAUGAAGGUCCUUCAAUGGUGAAAAACAAGAGACGUUCUUCCAGAGGCAUGAACAGGGACCGCCACAUCAAGGUGAACGGGAGAGACCGUCGAGUUCGCCUAUCAGCAACCUGUGCUGCUCGUAUCUUCCAACUCACCACUGAGCUAGGCAAGAAAACCGACGGUGAGACCAUCGAAUGGCUCUUGCACAAGGCUGAGCCCGCCAUUGUGGCCGCCACCGGCACCGGCAUUCUGCCUUCCAUCGCCACCUCGGUGGACGGUGCCGCCACCUUCAUGGCCAACACCACCGCCACCUUUGUCCCACUAGACACAAUUUCUGCUCAGGAUUCCAACUCAGUCACCGUUGGUGCGGUUGGAAGGACAGAACAGCCCAUUCCCCCUUUCCAUUUCGACUUUGAGUGGAUGCAACACUCCGAUUUAGGAUUUCGUGACGAUUAA